AUGUUUGCGUUUGUGCGUAUGUGUGUGUGUGUGUGUGUGUGUGUGCAGAUAUAUAUAUAGUGGGCAUUCAAGGACAGUUGGUAGGCCUACAUUCAGGUAGCCCACAGCUGAUUAUAAUUUGAAUGGUAUCUGGCUGUCUGCCCUUCUAUGACCCUUUCAAAACAUAAACUCUCAUUGUUUCCCCACCAGGAAGUGUCACAAAAGGCAUUUCCUGAUCAGUACCAUAUAAUACUUUUUUUGUUUGAGUUUAAAAACCUUUGUCCCUGUGAUAAGACCAGAGGGGAGUUAGAGAGCAGCAGAGGGGGAGUUGGAGAACAGCAAAGGGGGGUUGGAGAACAGCCAGAACAGCCAUGUUGAUUCAGACCAGAUGACCCUAAUCUGCAUGCUACCAGACAGAUGACUUUACUGUGUAGAGAGAAGCUUGAGGUAGAAGUUGCCCCCUAAACACAGAUCUAGGAUCAGAUAACCUUACCUCAAACCCUAAUUACAAGACAUUUCUGAUCUACUGUACCUAUUCCCUAGAGCCAGGGUUGGAACACCUUGACCUAGCUCAGUGAGCUCCUGUAACUGUCCUCUGUUCAUGUAAAAGAGAGAAACAGAAUUGGGCUACUGUGUAUAUGAGGAGGUGGAAUCUUUGGGAUCAGGUUUGCUCACUUCCUCUUCCUGUUCUCCACAGGAAGUUACUUUGCCAGCCACUUCAUCAUGGGCGGGGAGAGGUUUGACUCCACCCACCCAGAGGGAUACCUGUUCGGAGAGAACACUGACCUCAACUUCCUGGGAACCAGACCAGUGGUGGUAUGGAUUCUCACACUACCCUACACUACACUACCAUACACUACACUACACUACACUACACUACACUACACUACACUACCAUACACUACACUACCCUACACUACCUACACACCAUACUACACACUACACUAACUAACUACCUACACCUAACACUACCUCACUAAACUACACUACACUACACUCCUACAUACACUAAUACCUAACACUACAACUGAAAACUAAUACACUACCUACACUACACACUAACCUACAUACACUACCAAACUACCAUACACUACACCUAAACUACACUAUACACUACACUACACUACACUACCAUACACUAACUACAACCCUACCAUACACUAUACUACACUACCAUACACUCACUAAACUAACCCCCUAAACUAUAUCUACACUACAUUACACUGCCUACACUACACUAAACUACACUAUACACCCUACACACUACCAUACACUCACUAACCCUACCAUACUACCAUAACACCUACAACUACACUAACUAUACUACACUACACUACACUACCAUACACUACACUACCAUACACUACACUACACUACACUAUACUACACUAUACUACCCUAUACUACCCUAUACUAUACUACCAUACACUACACUAAACUACACUAAACUACACUACACUACCUACACCUACACUACCACUACCAUACAUACACUAACUACACCUAUACCUACACUACCAUACACUACAUACACUACAUACACUACCUAAACUACACUACAACUACACUACUACUAUCUACACUACACUACAUUGCCACACACUACACUAAACUACACGAUACUACCCUACCCUACAAUACACUACCAUACACUACACUACACUAUACUACACUACCAUACACUACACUAAACUACACUAUACUACCCUACACUAUACUACCAUACACUACACUACACUAUACUACACUACCAUACACUACACUAAACUACACUAACCCUACACUAAACUACACUACCUACACUACUACUACACUACACUACACUACAUACACUACACUACCUACACUAUACUACCUACACUACAACUACACCUACCAAAACACUACCAUAACACGCACUAAUACAAACAACUACCUACUACCCUACACAUCCUACCAUACACUAACACUAAACUACACAAACACUACACUACACUACCAUACACUACACUAAACUACCCUAACCCUACACUACACUACAUACACUACACUACCUACCUAUACUACCUACACUACACUACACUACACUACACUCACUAACGACACUAUAACUACAUACCAUACCCCCUACACUACACUACACUACACUAACCAAUACACACUACACUACAACUCCCAUAACUACAUAACUAACACUAAUACUACACUACUACAUACACUACCUACCUACACUCCAACACUACACUAAACACAACUACCCCUACCCUACACAAACCAUACACCUACACUACACUACCAUACCUACACUAAACACAUACCUACACACUAACUAUACUACCCAUCCACUACACUGCCAUAACACUACCCCUACACUACACAUACUACUACCCUACACUAUACUACCAAUACACUACACUACCACUACACACCCUACCUACCACUACACUACCAUACCCUACCCUACCCUACACUAACUGACACUACCCAUCACACUACCCUAACUACACUAUCCUACCCUAACCACUACCUACCAUACACUACACUACCUAUACUACCUACCAUACCCUACACUAAACUCAUCCUACUACUACCUACACUACAACUACCAUACACUACACUACACUACACUAUCACUAACCCCAUCACUACCCUACACUACCCUACACCCUACCCUCCUCCACUACCUCCACUACACUCACACCCCUACACUACCCCUACCACUCCCAUACCCCCUCACGCCCACUACACACCCUACACUACCAUACACGACACUACCAUACCUACACUACACUACCAAACACUACACUAAACUACACGACACCCUACACUCCUAACUAUACUAUACUACCCACACUACACCCCACUACCUACACUACACUACACUAUACUACCCUAUACUACCCGCAGUACACUACCAUACACUACCUAAACUACACUACACUACCCUACACUACCAUACAUUACACUCAACUACACUACACUACCAUACACUACACUACACUACCAUACACUACCAUACACUACCACUACACUACACUACACUACCAUACACCCAUACACUACCAAACACUCACCUACACUACACUAAACUAUACCGAGACACAACUACACUACACUACAAUACACUGCCAUACACUACACUACACUAAACUACACUAUACUACCAUACACUACACUACACUACCCUACCCUACACUACCAUACACUACACUACACUAUACUACACUAUACUACACUAUACUACACUACCAUACACUAAACUACACUAUACUACCCUACCCUACCCUACCAUACACUACACUAAACUACACUAUACUACCCUAUACAACCCUACACUACACUACCAUACACUACACUAAACUACACUACACUACCAUACCAUACACUACACUAAACUACACUACCAUACACUCACCAUACACUACACUACCAUACACUAAACUACACUUCCCUAUACUACACUACCAUACACUAAACUAAACUAUACUACACUACCAUACACUACACUAAACUACACUAUACUACACUACCCUACAUUACACUACCAUACACUACACUAAACCACACUAUACUACACUACCAUACACUACACUAUACUACACUACACUACCCUACAUUACACUACCAUGCACUACCAUAUACUACACUAAACUACACUAUACUACCAUACACUACCCUACACUACCAUACACUACACUAAACUAUACUAUACUAUACUAUACUACACUACACUACACUACCCCACACAUUACAUUACCAUACACUACACUAAACUACACUACAUUACACUACACCACACCACACCACACUACACUACACUACCUUCUAACUCUCCAGCUACAUUAUCGUCUGUCUAAUUCUUAAGACAUGCUUGUUGAUGAUGACGAUGAUAAUGAUGAUGAUGAUGAUGAAUGCAGCUCAGCUUUAUGUCCUCCAGAGGGGGGAGUCUACAUUAUGACCUGGCUAUGACGCUCAGAACAGUCUGAGUUCCAGGUCUAGAGAGCACAGCACAUACUAGAGGGGAAACAUCCAUUUGCUAUAUAAACUCACUCCACUGUGUGUCAAACACUCAUAAGGGAAGAGUUGAAAUGGGUCCCAAAUGGCACCUCGUUCACUAUAGUGCACAACUUUUGACCAGAGCCCUAUGGGCCCUGUUUAAAAGUAUUGCACAAUAUAGGGAAUAGGGUACCAUUUGGGCGGCAGGCUUGAUUUGUUCCAAAUACCUCCGAUCCCAAUUCUCAUCAUCUCUGUUGUAUGGACGAGGGGAAUACCAUAGAAUCCUGUGACUGAGGGUGUGGUAUGGAGCGAUUUCAGUGCCAACAGAAAUUGUAUUUGAAUUUAAUCAUUUUGAAUUUGUAUUAGGAUAUUUGUAAUGCCCAAAUUGAAUCAUUGAAUUCGUAAAUUGAACCUGUAUUUCAUGAAUUGAAGUGGAAUUGAAUGAAUAUUGCAUUCAUUUAAAAAUUAUAUUUAAAUUCAAUUGAAUAUUCAAAUUCAAUAUUUAUAUAGGCAUGUUCAGUUUCAAAAUGGUAGAUAUUGCAUUAAUUGUCUGUGUAUCAAGUUUACAAACUAUAAUUUCAAGUUGAUCAAAGUUUCAUAUAUUCAAUUUCUCAGAUGCAUUCAGAUUCAGUUUUCAAAUUCAGUUCUCUAAAUUCAGAUUCAAAACCAGAAACAACAUCCUGGUACUUUGCCAGCCAGGAAAGGUAUGUCACGCCCUGGCUCUGGGGACUAUGUUAUGUUGAGCCAGGGUAUGUAGUCUAUGUUUGUAUAUCUAUGUGGGCCUGAGUGACUCCCAAUCAGAGGCAACGAGUGUCAGCUGGUUGUCUCUGAUUGGGAGCCAUAUUUAACUAUCGGUCUUUUCACUUUGUGUUGUGGUUUCUUGUUCCUUUUGGUUUGUGUGUAUCGAAGGACUUCACGUUUCGUUCGUUGUUUUGAUCGGGUGAUCUGUUUAAUAAAUAAUAUGUACGCAUUCAACGCUGCGCAUUGGUCCUCCUCCUUAAGCGAUCGUGACAGAAGAAACCACCAAGACAGGACCAAGCAGCGUGAAGAGGAGAGUGGAUGGACCUGGGAUCAGUGGAGUAGGAGUCUCAACUGGGCCCAGCCAAGCGAAGAGCAGAAAGGUUGGACUUUGAAGCAGUGGAGUGAGAGUCUGGCGAGAACUAGGGAGGCCUGGUCCACGGGGAGGAGAGAACCCCAGAAAAUUUUUAGGGGGGGGCUCACGACGUGGACGACGGGGCAGCCGGAGGCCGCGAUGGAGCGGUCCAGCGGGUGUGCAGAGGAGGCCGCCAGGUUAAGGGGGCCACUGGUCACAGAGGAGAGGGAAAGUGUGGAGGCACGGCGAGAGGUACUGGGGUGUAUUACCAGUCCGGUCCGGCCCGUUCCUGAUCCCUGCAUAGGGCCAGUGGCGUGUGUCCCCAGUACGGUUCGGCCUGUUCCUGCCUCUCGCACCGAGCCUGUGGUGCGCGUCGUCAGCCCUGUCCGGCCCGUUCCUGCUCUCCGUACCAAGUCGGUGGUGCGCGUCGCCAGCCCGGUCCGGCCCAUUCCUGCUCCCCGCACCAAGUCUGUGGUGCGUUUCGUCAGCCCGGAUCGGCCCGUUCCUGCUCCCCGCACCAAGUCAGGGGUGCGCUUCGACAGCCCGGCUCGGCCCGCUCCUGCUCCCCACACCAAGCCAGUGGUGUGCGUCGUCAGCCCGGCUCGGCUCGUUCCUGCUCCCCGCACCAAGUCAGGGGUGCGCUUCGACAGCCCGGCUCGGCCCGCUCCUGCUCCCCACUCCAAGCCAGUGGUGUGCGUCGUCAGCCCGGCUCGGCUCGUUCCUGCUCCCCGCACCAAGUCAGGGGUGCGCUUCGUCAGCCCUGUCCGGCCCGUUCCUGCUCUCCGCACCAAGUCUGUGGUGCGCGUCGUCAGCCCGGUUCGGCCCGUUCCUACUCCACGCACCAAGCCUACGGUGUGCGUCGACAGCCCAGCCCGGUCCGUUCCUGCUCUCCGCACCAAGUUUGUGGUGCGCGUCGCCAGCCCAGUCCGGCCCAUCCAAGCUCCCCGCACCAAGCCAGUGGUGUGCGUCGUCAGUCCGGCACGGCCCGUGCCUGCUCUCCGCACCAAGUCUGUGGUGCGUUUCGUCAGUCCAGCACAACCCGUGCCUGGGUCAUGUCCGGAGCCGGAUCCGCCGCCGAGGCGGAGUUCCCACCCGGUCCCUCCCCUGUUGUGGUUGUUUGGCGCGGUCGGAGUCCGCGCCUUUGGGGGGGGGUACUGUCACGCCCUGGCUCUGGGGACUAUGUUAUGUUGAGCCAGGGUAUGUAGUCUAUGUUUGUAUAUCUAUGUGGGCCUGAGUGACUCCCAAUCAGAGGCAACGAGUGUCAGCUGGUUGUCUCUGAUUGGGAGCCAUAUUUAACUAUCGGUCUUUUCACUUUGUGUUGUGGUUUCUUGUUCCUUUUGGUUUGUGUGUAUCGAAGGACUUCACGUUUCGUUCGUUGUUUUGAUCGGGUGAUCUGUUUAAUAAAUAAUAUGUACGCAUUCAACGCUGCGCAUUGGUCCUCCUCCUUAAGCGAUCGUGACAAGGUAGAGGAGAACAGAUAGAAUCAAAUGCUCCCUUUGGUAAACAGAAACUUAUGGCGGUUUCUGAAGCCAAUGUGGCAUGUUUAAUUUAUUUUCUUCCAAUGAAUUUGGCUCUAGCAUUUAAACUGUUUUGGCUAUGAGCUACUAUGACCCCAUUCCUGAAAACUAAGACUCUCCGGAGCAUGGACGUGCCUUCUGUUUCCCUCUAUGAUGAUUGCAGGCUGCAUUAAAAGGGAGUGUCACAAAAAAACAAAAUAUGAACCCCAUAAAUAUAUAGUUGAAAUGCCCUGUCAUAGCCGUUCUAAUGAUAGCCUUUCCACUCCCUAUUUAAUUUUGCUCUUGUGACUGACUGGGUUCGAACCAGGUCUACUGCAUGUCACAAGACUGUGUUAGCCCACUUAGCUAAAGCUUAUAGGGAGGGAUAAGUUCAGGAAGUUAAUGUAAAGGACGACAUGCUGCUUGCUUAACAAGUACCGCUUCCCCGUUAUUCAACACAUACUCGAACUCAGGACUUCUGCCUCAAAAACACACUGACCGCCCUCCUGAAGCAUUCCAACCUAUCCUGCUAUUAAAAAAUACAUUUUUCAAUUGCGUAAGGGGCGACACUUCAGGCUGAGGAGUGAGUUUCACGGAUCCCCAUCUGCUACUAUAAUGCAAGUCUUCAAGAUCCUGCAAGGUUAAUCACGUGGUUUGGUGAUCCAUGCUUAUGUGAUGAGAACCUUGCCUGAGACCUGAAAACGUGUUCGUUUGUGUUACACAGUCUAGUUUUGAGGCCCCCACUAUUAGCCAGAUAAUGAUAAUUUCGUGCAAAAAACAACAAGUUAGACAGGCCCACUGGGCUAAAAAUGGACCAGCCUAUCUGGCAUUUCGGGCAAAUGCAAAAAAAAUGCCAGAUAGGCUGGUCCAUUUUUUGCCCAGUGGGCCUGUCUAACUUGUUUUUUGUGCAAAAUUAUCAUUAUCUGGCUAAUAGUGGGGGCCUCAAGGAAAAUAAUGGGCCAGUGUGUGGGCCUGAAGGAAAAUAAUGGUUGGGUGUGGGGGCCUGGAGGAUAAUAAAUGGUUGUUUGUGGGGACCUGAAGGAAAAUAACGGUUGGGUGUGGGGACCUGGAGGAAAAUAAUGGUUGGGUGUGGGGGCCUGGAGGAAAAUAAUGGUUGGGUGUGGGGGCCUGGAGGAAAAUAAUGGUUGGGUGUGGGGGCCUGAAGGAAAAUAAUGGUUGGGUGUGGGGGCCUGGAGGGAAAUAAUGGUUAGGUGUGGGGGCCUGGAGGAAAAUAACGGUUGGGUGUGGGGACCUGGAGGAAAAUAAUGGUUGGGUAUGGGGGCCUGGAGGAAAAUAAUGGUUGGGUGUGGGGGCCUGGAGGAAAAUAAUGGUUGGGUGUGGGGACCUGGAGGAAAAUAAUGGUUGGGUGUGGGGGCCUGGAGGAAAAUAAUGGUUGGGUGUGGGGGCCUCAAGGUAAAGAAUGGGCCGGUGUGUUAGAAAUGCCAGGGCUGAUUUAUUGUAGUCAUUAUAAGGUUAACAUGUGACUGACUGGGUUAAGAAUGAGUUAGCCUGUUGAGCUAAAACCCUAACCCUGUGACUUGGUUGGGUCUCUUCAAGGAGGAGGUUAAAGGGUGGUGAAGUGUAACACAGGUGGUUCGGUGACCACACCUUCUCCUGCCUUGCUUACCUGAGAAACUUGUCUGAGACCUGAAAAGUUGCCUUGUCUGGUGCACAGGAGACCUGGGGUAGAACCCCAUCAGUCAAACUAACACGUCUUCAUGUCUCAGCCAAGGUUGUUCAUCACAUAGACUCGCGAGCGGCCUGAUCCCGCGAGCUUACAUGAAUGGUUCGCUACACGCGGUAAUCAGUCUGGUAAUUACGUGGCUACUCAUCACAUGAAUGGAUCAUCAAACCACCUCUGUUGCACUCUCAUUAAAUGGGGUACACAGAACUGUCUGCUUCUGUUUGCCACAGAAAGUGUUGUUGUGCAGUAGACCUGAUAUCGAAACCGUUCCGUUAUAUUGGUGCCUUAUAUUGGUGCCGUGAUCUCUGAGUAUGAGGUCAAAGGGAGGUGAAAUGUAACCGAGGUGGUUCGAUUAACCUUGCUGGAGACUUGUGUUAGCUUCCUGAACUAAUCGCUAUGGGCUAACACAGUGGGCUAACACAGUCUUGUGACAAGCAGGAAACCUGUUUCGAACCAGAUUAAAUAGGGAGUGGAAAGGCUAUCCUUAGAAGGGCUAUGACAGAGCUAUUCAACUAUAUUCUUAUGGGGGGAACAGAAAGCACAUCCAUGCUCCAGAGAGUCUUAGCUUUCAGGAAUGGGGUCAUAACAGCUUAAAGCGGUUCAAACGCUCUCUCCUCUCUCUCUCUCUCUCUCUCUCUCUCUCUCUCUCUCUCUCUCUCUCUCUCUCUCUCUCUCUCUCUCUCUCUCUCUCUCUCUCUCUCUCUCUCUCUCUCUCUCUCUCUCUCUCUCUCUCUCUCAUAUAUUCUGUUAUGUAAGGCAAUGCAGAACCAGAUGGCAAUGCAGAACCACAUCUCUCUACCCCACUCACUACAUGUCUCUCCAUCUCUCCUCUCUCCCUGAGUUGUUAACUGUGAUCUGCAGCACAGGUCUAGUCCCCCUACACUGGAUAUGUAUAGCCUAUAUUGUGUGUCCGUGUGUAUGGCUGGACCUCGACAGCUUUCUCUAUAAGCACACAGGCCGGUGAUGUUGGAGAUUUAGACAACAGCUUACUGCUGUAAUAAAGUCACAUUCAGACUGCAAAGAGAGAGGGAAGUGUGUGCGUGCAUGCAUGCGUCUUCCCUGUACUGCAAAACAGCCUUGUCAUUCCUACUGUACAGAUCCCAUAGCAGAAGUUUCAUGCUGUGUGUGUGUGUUUUAAUGAAUGGCACAUUAUUCAGUAUUAAAACACAUCUGGGCCCAGCAGGAGCCUUUCCUGUAAACCGCACACACGCAUUAACACAAACAAACACUCACACACACAAACACACACACACACACACCUCCCCUUAGCCCCAGAAGAGGGGUGUAGAGGUAUCUAACCACAUCCUCCCUUCCUACUGGACUGCAUGUUCCAUAGGGUUUCAAAGGUUAUUCUAUACACAUUUUUACAGUGCAUUCAUUCAUUUAGCAGACUCUUAUCCAGAAUGACUUAAGUUCACAGUAAGUGCAUUAAUCUAAAAUAGGUACAGUAUAACAACCACAGAUCAAGAUCACUACACGUUAAACCUUCAACUGCACUAACACACCUGAUUCAACUGAUCAAGGGCUUGGUGAUUAGUUGAUCAGAUCAUGUGACCCUUUUGUUGUUGUUGUUGUUGAUGUGACCUUUUGUGAUUGGUUCCUUUACAGUUCCCCUAUGCAGCCCCACCUCCUCAGGAGCCAGUGAAGACUCUACGAAGCCUUAUAAACAUCCGUAAGGAUACACUGAGGCUCGUACGGUGAGUGUCUCUCACACAACACACCAUUUAUUUAUUUAUAGUUUAUAUCCCUUUUAUUAUUAUUUCACUUAGUCUGUGUAUUAUUAGCCAACAUCUCCACUUCUCCCCCCAGAACCAAAUUCGAGUAGCUGGCCGGAGGAUUUUGCUCGUUGGUUCUGGGUUCCCGUGAUUACUCCCUUUACUCUCACAUUGUUAAUUGUAAAGACGUGUAGAUGAUGCUAGCUGUGUUUCGGUGUGGUAUGGCAGGUGUAGUGAGGACCUGAAGCUGCCAGGGGAGGACGUGGCAGGGAAAAGCAAAGCCUGUUACAACAUAGAGUUCACCUUCGACGCUGACACACAGGUGGCCAUCACCAUCUACUAUCAAGCUAUAGAGGAGUUCCACAACGGAGUGCCAAUGUAAGUCUGUGUGUGUGUGUGCUUGUGUGUUUAUCUCUCUGCACUCUUAGAAAAAAUGCUUCCAAAAGGGUUCUUCCUCUGUCCCCAUAGGAGAACCCUUUUUGGUUCCAGGUAGAACCCUUUUGGGUAACAUAUAGAACCCUCUGUAGAAAGUGUUCUACAUGGAACCCAAAAGUGUGCUACCUGGAACCAAAAGGAUUCUACCUGUAACCAAAAAGGGUUCUUCAAAGGGUUCUUCAAUAGGGACAGCUGAAGAACCCUUUAAGAUUCUAGAUAUCACCUUAUUUUUCUAAGAGUGUGUAUCUCUCCUGUAGUUACCUUCCCCAGGACAGCUCUCUCCAGUCAGAAAUUGUGCACUUUAAGAGAGGAGUCUGUCAGCAGUUCUGUCUGCCCUCGCACUCCGUCAACCUGUCAGAGUGGGCCGACGAGGAGGUAUGGGCUGUGUGUGUGUGUGAGUGUGUGUUUAUUCAUAUUAGUAGGAAGUGUGUGUGUUUCAGUAGUGUAUAACCUCUUUUUAUCUCUCUCUCUCUCUCUUUCCCUCUUUCUAGUUGCUGUUUGACAUGGAUAAGGAUGUGUUUCCCAUGGUCGUUCAUGCGAUAGUAGACGAGGAGGAAGAUCACAUGGGUCACUCCCAUGUCCUCCUGGCCACCUUUGAAAGGGUAAGGAGCUUGUAGUCUGAUGUGCUGUAGUAUUGUAAGUCAAGUGUUCAAUUUAUUUAAAGUUUGUCUAUCAUGUUUUGAGAUGUGGUUGACUCUGGAUUUAAAAGGGAGACCCAUGGGGCGGCGCACAAUUGGCCCAGCGUCGUCCAGGGUAGGGGAGGGAAUGGCCGGUAGGGAUGUAGCUCAGUUGGUAGAGCAUGGCAUUUGCAACGCCAGGGUUGUGGGUUCGAUUCCAGUAUGAAAAAAAUAAAUAAAUAAAUGUAUGCGCUCACUAACUGUAAGUCGCUCUGGAUAAGAGCGUCUGCUAAAUGACUUAAAUGUAAAUGUAAAAGUAUCCCACUGGGCACAAACUGGUUGAAUGAACGUUGUUUCCAUGCCAUUUCAACACAAAAAUAAAAUAUGAUGACGUUGAAUCAAGGUGGAAAACUGAUUGGAGUCAUCAACGUAAAGGAAUUUGGGGAAUGUUUGUCUUUUUUUCAUCCAACUUUUACAAUCCAAUGACGUGGUUAAAUGUUUUGUUGAUUUCACCUUAGUUGACAACCCAAUCAAUUGUAAAUCAAAACUAGAUAUUGAACUGAUGUCUGUGUCCAGUGGGACUAGCAUUGGCUAAGUAUCUACUGUUUGUUCCACAGCACAUGGACGGAAGCUACUGUGUCAAACCUCUGAAGCAGAAGCAAGUGGUGAGUUUGUUUCCACCAAGUCCUCCUCUUCUCUCUCUCUCCUCCUGCUCUCAUCUCACUCUGAACUGUACCUUACCCUCCCCUUUUCCUGCCUUGCUUACCUCUCUUUUCCCUCUCUCUCUUCCAGUCUCUCGCUCCUCCUUUCACUAUCCUUCCUGGUAUGUUUUAUACUGAAACCUUCUCUCUCAUCACCAACAUGUUUCCUCUCCUCUCCAGGUAGAUGGAGUGAGUUACCUUCUUCAGGAGAUCUACGGCAUUGAGAACAAGUACAACAGCCAAGAAUCAAAGGUACACAGCUGAUCAUUUGGUUGUUUGGCUACACUGUAAAGGGGUUACUGUGAAUUUGACAGUAGCUUACAGGCAGCUCAGUGGCAAGUAAAAUGAUGUAUUUCAUAUUACAGUACACCUACUGUAAUAUAAAUACAGUAUCAAAGCAAGUACUGUGUUAUGACCUUAAAAAGUAAAUCGGAAUAAAUGAAUGAAUUAAUGACAUUUAUUGAGGGGAGGGGUUUGUAUUUCACUGUAUUUUACUGUAGUUACAAGAUAUUGGUGCAAGCAGGUUGGCUGCUAGGUAAAGUGUUUACACAUUACAGUAGGUUUAUUAAUGAAUAUUUGGUGUUUAUAUCACUUGCACUUCUAGAGGCCUUCACAAAGGCUUCCAAACUGGCUGUGAUUACAGGGCAAAAAGACCAAAAGGACAUGGCAAAAUUCUCAACCAUUUAAGGUUUAAGACUUGUUGCCAUUCCAAUCUGUCCCCUAUACAAGUGGUUUCCAAACUGUGGGGUGCGCCCCCUGGGGGGCGGAGGGGUCGGCAGGGGGGUGCGGGUGUGCAAAGGUCCCCCUCCACCCCCAAAAAUAUAGUUUUUGUUCUUACAUUUUACAUUUACAUUUUAGUCAUUUAGCAGACGCUCUUAUCCAGAGCGACUUACAGUUAGUUCUUACUCUUGAGUAGUGCAUCAUCAGUUUUCCUCUUGUCAUGUCAGUCAUUGCAUACCUUAGAGAGCUAUUUAUAACACAUCAGAAAUGUCCCGAUCAACUAGCCCAUGUCAGCUAACGUUUUUUAGCUAGUUUUUGUAGGCCAUAGAUUUUGUAGUAAUGUUCUUGUCACUCAAAUAUCACAUGAUUAGACAUGGCAAAAUGUAUAGAAUUACAAGAAAAUUUGCUUUAAAACUACAAAAGAAAUUCUGCACCCCAUGAGAAAAAUUUGUAGAAUUGCAGGAAAUAAGCUUUGAACCUGCAAAUAAGAUUUAAACCUUUCUCUCCGUCAACAAGAGGGGUGUGAACAGUUUGAGUCAUGAACAGUGCUUGUGCCCAUAGACGUGGCACACACGCGCACGUGGGGGCACGGGAUGUUCCCCAAUGCUGGAAGGGGGGCCUGAGUGAAAAAGUUUGGGAACCCCUGCCCUAUACAAAUUGUUCUUCUUCUAUGGCGGUUGACUUGUGUAUAAAUCCAUUAUACUUUGUGACACAAAAUAAGGAAAAAACGUACCCUACCAUCUAACACUACCCUCAUUAAAAACCCACCACCCUAUUCCACUAAAUUAACCCUAUGUGGUCCUACACCAGACCAACAGCCUGGGAGGACAGGACACCACCACUCAACACACCCUGUAACUCUUCUCCCUAUACAAAUAGAUGGGGCACUAUAACCACAUCACAUGGGAGUUAAAUUGGUACAGUAUCCUCACUCACGGGUGCAACAAAUAUAGCUCUUAAUUUACAGUAUGCUUCAGUAAAAGUUUGUCACGUUCGUUUAAGGACGGGUCAGACCAAGGCGCAGCGUGAAAUGUGUACAUGUUUAUUAAACUGAAUAAACACACGACAAAACAAUAAACAAACAAAACGUGAAGUCCUAAGGUAGAACACACAACAAACCUAUACACGGAACAAGAUCCCACAACUAACGAGUGCCAAUAGGCUGCCUAAGUAUGAUCCCCAAUCAGAGACAACGAGCGACAGCUGCCUCUGAUUGGCAACCACACCGGCCAACAUAGAUCUACACAUACUAGAUCAUACACAUAGAUAUACACAACAUAGAAUAUUCACACCCUGACUCAACAUAUAAGAGUCCCCUGAGUCAGGGCGUGACAAAGUUUUAGUAUUUUACUGUUGAUUAUACCCAAAAUUACCGUAUAAUUUAACGUUUUUAGUGACCACAACGCUUUUUGUUAAAAAACUUUCUAAAUCACUCUCUGUAGAACUGGUUAGAGUAUUCAUGAUUGCAUGUUUUGUCAUAAUAUUGUUUUGAACCUUCAUUUUGGACUGAUGCCCGACUGAGCGUUCUACUCAAUGCAUCGUCAAUGAGCGCUGAUGAAGGUUUCAUAAAAAGCGCAUUACAGUGGCUUGGAAAUACAAUGACAUUCAAAAGGAGGCAAAUAACUAGUAGGAAAACCUUUUGUCAUCAUUUUGAUGUCGCCAGAUUGACUUUAGAUGCAGUAUAACGUUAGCUAGCUAGCUAAGAUUGAGCUGAGGCCAUCGGAUUUUAGCCAGCUAACGUUAGCAUUGCUAGCUAUUUUCGACAAACUUUGCUAGCUAAUGACAUUUCCAUGUCUAUUUGACAACAUGAUAAUGCUGGCAAAGUUGUUUCCUACUAAAUAUUUGACUACUUUAGCAAUGUCAUCUUAUUUCCAGGCAAUAUAGUGUAAUUUAGACAAAACAAUAGUUAGCCUCCUUCCAGAAUGACUGGGUUUAUCACCACUUUAGGGCACCACUAUGGAGCCGCCGGUAGAGGGUGGCUUGAGAACGUUCAUAACGAUGGCAUGACUCGACCGAGUGACGGAGGUGCAACCUAUGAAUAUGCAAAGACAUGCAAUCAUUUUUACAGUAUUGUUUGCUCAAGCUACCAUACUGCUCUGUGAAUGUAAAUUAUGUUUUGAUGUAGUGACGUAUUGAUUGAUUUAUGUUUUGAUUAAUUGAUUGAUUAUGUUGGCCCCAGGUUGCGGAUGCUGAGAUCAGUGAUAACAGUGCGGAGUGUGUGGUGUGUCUGUCGGAUGUCCGCGACACACUCAUCCUGCCCUGCAGACACCUGUGUCUCUGCAAUGCCUGCGCCGACACACUCCGCUACCAGGCCAACUGCUGCCCCAUCUGCAGACUGCGUGAGUCUAUGUCUAUGAUGCUAUAUAAGACCUUUAUAAGCCAUACAUUGGCAUUCGUAAGACCUUCAUAGCAAUACUUAAUAGAUGCUCAGGACCUUCAUAGCAAUACCUAAUACAUGCUCAGUUAGCAGGCUAACUGCUUUCCCAUCUGCAGACUGUGUGAGUCUAUAAUGCUACAUAAGACCUUCACAUCAAUACUUAAGCAUGUUAUAAUGCAUCUUCAGCGUUCCGGGCCCUGCUGCAGAUCCGAGCCAUGAGGAAGAAGCUGAGUCAUCUCUCUCCUGCCAGGUUUAACCCAGUCAUCACCUCCCAGACCUCUGACUCAGAGGAACACUCGGUAAGAUAUACACAUACACACACAAAAUAUAUCAAAAGGUUGGACACACUUACUCAUUCAAGGGUUUUUCUUAAUUUUUACUAUUUUCUACAUUGUAGAAUAAUAGUAAAGACAUCAAAACGAUGAAAUAACACAUAUGGAAUCAUGUAGGAACCCAAAAAGUGUUAAACAAAUCAGAAUAUAUUUUAGAUUUUAGAUUCUUCAAAGUAGCCACCAUUUGCCUUGAUGACAGCUUUGCACACUCUUAGCAUCCUCUCAACCAGCUUCAUGAGGAAUGCUUUUCCAAUGGUCUUGAAGGAGUUCCCACAUAUGCUGAGCACUUGUUGGCUGCUUUUCCUUCACUCUGCGGUCCAACUCAUCCCAAACCAUCUCAAUUGGGUUGAGGUCGGGUGAUUGUGGAGGCCAGGUCAUCUGAUGCAGCACUCCAUCUCUCUCCUUCUUGGUCAAAUAGCCCUUACACAGCCUGGAGGUGUGUUUUGGGUCAUUGUCCUGUUGAAAAACAAAGGAUAGUCCCACUAAGCACAAACCAGAUGGGAUGGCGUAUUGCUGCAGAAUGCUGUGAUAGCCAUGCUGGUUAAGUGUGUGAAUUCUAAAUAAAUCACAGACAGUGUCACCAGCAAAGCACCCCCACACCAUCACACCUCCUCCUCCAUGCUUCACGGUGGGAACCACACAUGCGGAGAUCAUCCGUUCAGCUACUCUGCGUCUCAAAAAGACACGGCGGUUGGAACCAAAAAUCUCUAAUUUGGACUCAUCAGACCAAAGGACAGAUUUCCACCGGUCUAAUGUCCAUUGCUCGUGUUUCUUGGCCCAAGCAAGUCUCUUCUUCUUAUUGGUGUCCUUUAGUAGUGGUUUCUUUGCAGCAAUUCAACCAUGAAGGCCUGAUUCACGCAAUCUCCUCUGAACAGUUGAUGUUGAGAUAUGUCUGUUACUUGAACUUUGUGAAGUAUGUAUUUGGGCUGCAAUCUGAGGUGCAGUUAACUCUAAUGAACUUAUCCUCUGCAGCAGAAGUAACUCUGGGUCUUCCUUUCCUAUGGCGGUCCUCAUGAGACCCAGUUUCAUCAUAGCGCUUGAUGGUUUUUGCGACUGCACUUGAAGAACCUUUCAAAGUUAUUGAAAUGUUCCGUAUUGACUGAACUUCAUGUCUUAAAGUAAUGAUGGACUGUCGUUUCUCUUUGCUUAUUUGAGCCGUUCUUGCCAUAAUAUGGACUUGGUCUUUUGCCAAAUAGGGCCAUCUUCUGUAUACCACCCCUACCUUGUCACAACACAACUGAUUGGCUCAAAUGCGUUAAGAAGGAAAGAAAUUCCACAAAUUAACUUUUAACAAGGCACACCUGUUAAUUGAAAUGCAUUCCAGGUGACUACCUCAUGAAGCUGGUUGAGAGAAUGCCAAGAGUGUGAAAAGCUGUCAUCAAGGCAAAGGGUGGCUACUUUUGUCACACCCUGGCUCUGGGACUCUAUAUGUUGAGCCAGGGUGUGUUCAUUCUAUGUGUUCAUUUUCUAUGUUGGGUGUUCUAGGUUGUGUAUUCUAUGUUGGCCAGAGUGGCUCCCAAUCAGAGGCAACGAGUGUCAGCUGUUGUGGGUUGUCUCUGAUUGGGAGCCAUAUUUAAACUGUAUGUUUUCCCUUGGGUGUUGUGGGUUUUUGUUCCGUGUCGGUAUGUUUAACCGUGGACUUCACGAGUCGUGUUUUGUUAGUACUUUAAUUAAAUAAAGUCAUGUUUGUUUCACACGCUGCGCCUUGGUCUACUCACUCCUACGACGAUCGUGACAGAAAAACCCACCGUAAAAGGACCAAGCAGCGUGUCCAGGAGCAGGCAGACUGGACAUGGGAGGAAGCGCCAGGAAAGGAGAUGGAGAGGCUGGCGAUGGCCCAGGUGGGCAAAUCGUGGUCCUGGGAGGACAUGCUCGGGGGCAAGGGACCUUGGGGUAGGAUCAAGGCCCUGGCGAGAGAGGAGCAGCGGCGUCAGCAGUGCCAUCGUCGGACGGACGAGAGGCACCCCCAAGAAUUUUUUAGGGGGGGGCACACGGCAUGGGCGACUGGGCAGCAGGAGGCUGCCACAGGGCGAAAUGGGAGACGAGGAGAGAAGGCCACCGGGUUUUGGGGGCCAGAAGGCAGGUUGGCGGAGCCUGGAUGGAGAGCAGAGCCAACUCCCCGUACUCAGGCAUGGCAGCAUGAGACUGGGCAGGUUCCGCGGUAUGCGGAGCUGCGCACUGUGCCACGAGUGGUCCGGCAUAGUCCGGUAAGUCCUGUGCGAGCACCCCGCACGUGUUGUGCGAAGGUGGGCAUGCAGCCAGGACGGAGUGUGCCGGCUCAGCGCUCGUGGCCUCCAGUGCCUCUCCUCGGUCCCGGAUAUCCUGCGCCAGUGUCACGUGCUGUUAUGCCAGUACGGGUACACAGCCCUGUACGUCCUGUGCUGAUGCCUCACACAGAGUGUGUGAAGGUAGGCAUUCAGCCAGGACGGGUUGUGGCAGCUCUUCACUCCAGGUCUCCUAUCCGUCUCCAUAGCCCAGUCCGGCCUGUCCCUGCUCCACGCACCAAGCCUACGGUGUGCGUCGCCAGCCCAGCCCGGCCUGUUCCUGCUCCACGCACCAAGCCUACGGUGUGCGUCGCCAGCCCUGUCCGGCCUGUCCCUGCUCCACGCACCAAGUCUACGGUGUGCGUCGCCAGCCCGGUCCGGCCUGUUCCUGCUACCCGCACCAAGUCUACGGUGUGCGUCGCCAGCCCGGUCCGGCCUGUUCCUGCCACUCGCACCAAACCUACGGUGCGCGUCGCCAGCCCGACCCGGCCUGUUCCUGCUCCACGCACCAAGCCUACGGUGUGCGUCGCCAGCCCUGUCCGGCCUGUCCCUGCUCCACGCACCAAGCCUACGGUGUGCGUCGCCAGCCCUGUCCGGCCUGUCCCUGCUCCACGCACCAAGCCUACGGUGUGCGUCGUCAGCCCAGCCCGGCCUGUCCCUGCUCCACGCACCAAGCCUACGGUGUGCGUCGUCAGCCUGGUCCAGCCCGUUCCUGCCACUCGCACCAAGCCAGGGGUGCGAGUCGUCAGCCUGGUCCAGCCCGUUCCUGCCACUCGCACCAAGCCAGGGGUGCGAGUCGUCAGCCUGGUUCAGCCCGUUCCUGCUACUCGCACCAAGCCCGGGGUGCGAGUCGUCAGCCUGGUAAGACCGGUCAGCUGCUCCACAACGGAGCGUAAGCAAUCCGCUCCGUCAAUGUCCAGUCCAGAUCCAGCCAGCGGGGUCAGACCGGACCAGGGGCGCUACGGGGGAAUUAUGGAAGGGUGGUGGGCAAGGCCGGAGCCAGAACCGCCGCCGAGGAGGUAUGCCCACCCAGCCCUCCCCUGUUUAGCUCUUAUUGAGGCGCAGUCGCAGUCCGCGCCUUUAGGGGGGGGUACUGUCACACCCUGGCUCUGGGACUCUAUAUGUUGAGCCAGGGUGUGUUCAUUCUAUGUGUUCAUUUUCUAUGUUGGGUGUUCUAGGUUGUGUAUUCUAUGUUGGCCAGAGUGGCUCCCAAUCAGAGGCAACGAGUGUCAGCUGUUGUGGGUUGUCUCUGAUUGGGAGCCAUAUUUAAACUGUAUGUUUUCCCUUGGGUGUUGUGGGUUUUUGUUCCGUGUCGGUAUGUUUAACCGUGGACUUCACGAGUCGUGUUUUGUUAGUACUUUAAUUAAAUAAAGUCAUGUUUGUUUCACACGCUGCGCCUUGGUCUACUCACUCCUACGACGAUCGUGACAACUUUGAAUAAUAUUUUUGGUUACUACAUGAUUCCAUAUGUGUUAUUUCAUAGUUUUGAUGUCUUCACUAUUAUUCUACAAUGUAGAAAAUAGUACAAAUAAAGAAAAACCCUGGAAUGAGUAGGUGUCCAAACUUUUGACUGGUACUGUAUAUAUACAGCAUAUAGCAGUGGUCAUCAACCUUUUCUGAGUCAAGAUCACUUUCGCAGUCAAAAGCAAGCCGAGAUCUACCACUCAGAUUUUUAUUUUUUAACAUGACUUAAAAAAUGUAACAUUAACCUAAUAAAAAAUAGGUUUGUGUAAUCAGCCUAAUACAUUAUCACAGCAUAUUGGCUAUAUGCCUGGCCUACAAUGUAGCACUUGCGAGGCACAGCUGAGCAUAAAUUGAAAACAAUUGCAAAUAAUUAGCUUUUUUAUUUUACUGGACUGAUGGUACCUGCAUCUGAUGGUCAUGGUGCUUUCACGACAACUGGGAACUCUGGAAAAAAAACGAGGUCAAAUCAUGACGUCAGUGAUAUUCAGGUCGGAAAGUCGGAGCUCUAGAAAGAUGCCCGAUUUUCCGCCUUGGAAAUCCAAGUUGGAUGACGUUCAGAAUGAUUUUUCCCAGUCGGAUCUUAUUUUUUCCCGAGGUCCCAGUUGUCUUGAACGCACCGAAUUUGGAAGUCUGAGAUUUCCGAGUUCCCAGUUGUUUUGAACACAGCAUUAGUCUCAGCGGAGGGAGGGAGAGAGCAGCAGAGGGUCCACAUCUCACGGUCCCUGCUCUCUCCUUUCUUUCCUCUGGUGAGACUGAACCAGAGAGAGGGGACACAGUCUUCCACCUGAUGGUGAAACUCGAGUCGCACCGCAAAUUCAUGUUGUUCCUAUUACCAGAGAAAGUGAAAUAUUCCUCAAUAAUAAAAUUGACAUGAUGAGCUGCUAAUAAUAAUAAUAAAAACGUAUGAACUCAUGAACUCACUCAUAAAAACAACAGCUCUUUGCUGUAUUCUUUGACAGUCUCUCUGGUCAAGGCUUUAAAAGUUAUGAAAUCUUACGUAGGAUAGUAUCACAGUAACAGUAGGACAGUAACUUUGCUGUGGCCGGGGUCGUGGAAGCUGUAGGCAUGGUGAUUUGAGCUAUCCGAUUGGCCAGCGCAGUAGGUGCACUCGAUUUAGCCACAGAUCUCCCGGUCUACCGGGUAGGCACAGUUUGUAUUUUCAGGCAAAUAAAAUGGUUCAAAACACUUUGCCUACUCGGUGCGCAGGGCUUCUGAAUCAAGUGCACUUACCGCCAACAGAGCAACAUGAAAAAAUCAAAAACGGAGCACAAUCCUUUAUCGUUGAAAUGUUUUGUGAUCAACAAGAAAUUCCUUGAAGAUCGACCAGUCGUGAUCGACCGGUUGGUGACCGCUAGCGUAUAGCAUCUCAUCUCUUUUUUUCGUACUCUCUACCCCUGUCCCAUCUUCCUCUCUCUCCUUCCCCCUCCCUCCCCCAGGCGUCGGAUCACAUUCCCCCAGGUUUUGAGGUCGUGUCUCUUCUGGAGGCUCUGAACGGGCCCCUGAGCGUGUCUCCCUCUGCCCCCCCUCUGCAGGACCUCUCUGGGGGCCACGUCUCAGGCACCCUGCCCCCCUACAGCAGUGAGACCCACCCAACCCCGGCACGCUCCAUGUCCCCCCUGGACCACUCCAAGUCUAGCCAGGGACUCAAACUGAAGAAGAGUGGCUCCAAGUGAGUGGCGCAAACACUUGGAGACACAGGCUGUGUCCCAAAUGGCACCAUAUUCCCUAUGAAGUGCAAUAGUUUUGACCCGAGGUCUGUUCAAAAGGUGUGCACUACAUGGGGUAUAGGGUGCCAUUUGGGACGCAGAAACACAUACGAACAUACUGUACAUUUGAAUAGGAAUUAAUUUCCUAGGACUUUUAAAGGUUUAGCUAAUAUAAUAUACACUAUAUAUACAAAAGUAUGUGGACACCCCUUCAAAUUUGUGAAUUCGGCUAUUUUAGCCACACACAUUGCUGACAGGUGUAUAAAAUCGAGCACGCAGCCAUGCAAUCUCCAUAGACAAACAUUGGCAGUAGAAUGGCCUUACUGAAGAGCUCAGUGACUUUCAACGUGGCACCGUCAUAGGAUGCCACCUUUCUAACAAGUCAGUUUGUCAAAUUUCUACCCUGCUAGAGCUGCCCCGGUCAACUGUAAGGGCUGUUAUUGUGAAGGGGAAAUGUCUAUGAGCAACAACGGCUCAGCCACGAAGUGGUAGGCCACACAAGCUCACCGAACAGGACCACCAAGUGCUGAAACGCAUAGCGUGUAAAAAUCAUCUGUCCUCAGUUGCAACACUCACUACCGAGUUCCAAACUGCCUGUGGAAGCAACGUCAGCACAAUAACUGUUCGUCGGGAGCUUCAUGAAAUGGGUUUCCAAGGCUGAGCAGCCGCACACAAGCCUAAGAUCACCAGGCGCAAUGACAAGCGUCGGCAGGAGUGGUUUAAAGCUCGCCGACAUUGGACUAUGGAGCAGUGGAAAAGCGCUCUCUGGAGUGAUAAAUCACGCUUCACCAUCUGGCAGUCCAACGGACUAAUCUGUGGAAGAACUUGACUGGCCUGCACAGAGCCCUGAUCUCAACCCCAUCGAACACCUUUGGGAUGAAUUGGAACGCCGACCGCGAGCCAGGCCUAAUCGCCCAACAUCAGUGCCCGACAUCACUAAUGCUCUUGUGGCUGAAUGGAAGCAAGUCCCCGCAGCAAUAUUCCAACAUCUAGUGGAAAGCCCUACCAGAAGAGUGGAGGCUGUUAUAGCAGCAAAGGGGGGACCAACUCCAUAUUAAUGCCCAUGAUUUUGGAAUGAGAUGUUCGACGAGCAGGUGUCCACAGACUUUUGGUAAUGUAGUGUAUUUACGUCCGGACAGUGUGUUGUGAGAGUGUUUGUUGUGGUGUUUAUGAUUCUGACUUUUGCAUUGUGGGAUGUGUCAGGUCUCUCUCCCAGAAUUAUUCGGUGCUGCCAGUGGAGCAGGGACAGAAGUCAGAUCACAGUGAAUCAGAGGUUCAGGCCUGCCACCGGAAACAACAACCGGAGGUACACUGACAUUCUGACACAGUUUGUGUGUGCGUGUGUGCGCGCGCGUGUUUGUCUGUGUCUGGUGUAUGUGUUUGACCUUACGCUCUCUGUUCCAGAGUGGUGUAACUCCAGAGAGUGAGAACCUGACUCUAUCCUCGUCUGGAGCCAUAGACCAGUCCUCCUGUACUGGGACACCUUUUUCCUCCACCAUCACCUCCCCUGAAGGUAGUCCUGCUGGGGCUGUCAGGGGGUGGGCAGUGAGCAAUGGAAAAUGUGUCCAAUGUGUCAAAUUAUAAAACACAGUUAAUUGUCUCCUCCUCUCUCUCCUCUCUCUCUCUCUCUCUCUCUCUCUCGCUCUCUAUCUCUCUCUCUCUCGCGCUCUCUCUCUCUAUCGCGCUCUCUCGCUCUCUCUCUCACACACAGACCCCGUGAGCAGUAGCCUGGCCCAGUCAGUCAUGUCCAUGGCUUUGUCCCACAGCCAGCACUCUCAGAUCAGCACUGACACCCUGUCCUCCAUGUCCGGUUCCUACUUGGCCGGGCCGGAGGGAGAGGUGGAGGGGGGAGACGCAGAGGGGGAGAAGAUCCAGGACGCACCCAUGGAGAGCCGGGGACCCUCACAGCAGGAUGGGGAGGUGAGAAACAUGAGGGGGAACAGGAGGAUGAGAGAGGAGAGAGUUGGGUACUCCUAGAAAAAUGGCUUGUUGUGAUAUAGAGAAUACCCUCCCCCCUCCUCUCUCUCUCUCUGUCUCUCUCUCUGUGUCUCUCGCUCUCUCAAUUCAAUUCAAUGGGGCUGUAUUGGCAUUGGAAACAUACAGUGCCUUCGGAAAGUAUUCAGACCCCUUGACUUUUUCCACAUUUUGUUACAUUACAGCCUUAUUCUAAAAUUGAUUAAAUAAAUAAAAAUCAUCAGCAAUCUACACACAAUACCCCAUAAUGACAAAGUGAAAACAGGUUUUUAGAUAUUUUUGCAAAUCUAUUAAAAAUAAAAACAGAAAUACCUUAUUUACAUAAGUAUUCAGACCCUUUGCUAUGAGACUCGAAAUUGAGCUCAGGUGCUUCCUGUUUCCAUUGAUCAGUGUUGAGAUGUUUCUACAACUUGAUUGGAGUCCACCUGUGGUAAAUUAAAUUUAUUGGACAUGAUUUGGAAAGGCACACCUGUCUAUAUAAGGUCCCACAGUUGAAAGUGCAUGUCAGAGCAAAAGGACUUGUCCGAAGAGCUCCAAGACAGAAUUGUGUCGAGGCACAGAUCUGGGGAAGGGUACCAAAACAUUUCUGCAGCAUUGAAGGUCCCCAAGAACACAGUGGCCUCCAUCAUUCUUAAAUGGAAGAAGUUUGGAACCACCAAAACUCUUUCGAGAGCUGGCCGCCCGGCCAAACUGAGCAAUCGGAGGAGAAGGACCUUGGUCAGGGAGGUGACCAAAAACCCGAUGGUCACUCUGACAGAGCUCUAGAUUUCCUCUGUGGAGAUGGGAGAACCUUCCAGAAGGACAACAAUCUCUGCAGCACUUCACCAAUCAGGCCUUUAUGGUAGAGUGGCCAGACGGAAGCCACUCCUCAGUAAAAGGCACAUAACAGCCCACUUGGAGUUUGCCAAAAGGCACCUAAAGACUCUCAGACCAUGAGAAACAAGAUUCUCUGGUCUGAUGAAACCAAGAUUGAACUCUUUGGCCUGAAUGCCAAGCGUCACGUCUGGAGGAAACCUGGCACCAUCCCUAUGGUAAAGCAUGGUGGUGGCAGCAUAAUGCUCUGGGGAUGUUUUUCAGCGGCAGGGACUGGGAGACUAGUCAGGAUCGAGGCAAAGAUGAACGGUGCAAAGUACAGAGAGAUCCUUGAUGAAAACCUGCUCCAGAGCGCUCAGGACCUCAGACUGGGGCGAAGGUUCACCUUCCAUCAGUACAUCGACCCUAAAAAAAAAAAAAAAAAAAAAAAGCACACAGACAAUACAACACAGGAGUGGCUUCGGGUCUCUGAAUGUCCUUGAGUUUCCCAGCCAGAGCCCGGACUUGAACCUGAUCGAACAUCUCUGGAGAGAUCUGAAAAUAGCUGUGCAGCAAUGCUCCCCAUCCAACCUGACAGAGCUUGAGAGGAUCUGCAGAGAAGAAUGGGAGAAACUCCCCAAGGUUGUAGCGUCAUACCCAAGAAGACUCAAGGCUGUAAUCGCUGCCAAAGGUGCUUCAACAAAGUACUGAGUAAACGGUCUGAAUAUUUACGUAAAUGUGCUAUUCCAUUUUUUUUAUUUUUAUGCAAAAAAAUCUACAAACAUGUUUUUGCUUUGUCAUUAUGGGGUAUUGUGUGUAGAUUGAUUAGGGGGGAAACAAUUUAAUCAAUUUUAGAAUAAGGCUGUAACAUAACAAAAUGUGGAAAAAGUCAAGGGGUCUGAAUACUUUCCAAAUGCACUGUAUGUUUACAUUGCCAAAGCAAGUGAAAUAAACAAACACAAGUGAGAAGAAACACAUUUAAACAUAAACAAAAAACUAUUAGAAAUUACCAGUAAACAUUGCACCCAAAAAGGUUUCAAAAAGAUAAAGACAUUUCAAGUGUUAUAUUAUCAGCCAUGUACAGUGUUUUAGCAAUGUUCAAAUAGUUGUAGUACGAAUAGUGGGGGAAGAUAAAUAAACAGAUAAAUAUUGGUGGUUGCCCUUCUCUCAUGGCAACAGGCCACAAAUCUUACUGCUGUGAUGGCACAUUGUGGUAUUUCGCCUAACAGAUGUGGGAGUUUAUCAAUGUUGGAUUUGUUUUCAAAUUCUUUGUGGGUCUGUGUGAUCUGUGGGAAAUAUGUUUCUCUAAUGUGGUUAUACAUUUGGCAGGAGGUUAGGAAGUGCAGCUCAGUUUUCACCUCAUUUUGUGGACAGUGGGCACAUAUCCUGUCUUCUCUUCAGAGCCAGGUCUUACUAUGGCGACCUCUCUCAAUAGCAAGGCUCUGCUCACUGAGUCUGUACAUAGUCAAGGAUUUUCUUACAUUUGGGUCAGUCACGGUGUGUACUCUCUAUUUAGGGCCAGAUAGCAUUCUAAUUUGCUCUGUUUUUUGGUUGAUUCUUUCCAGUGUGUCAAAUAGUUAUCUUUUUGCUUUCUCAUAAUUUGGUUUGGUCUAAUUGUGUUGCUGGCCUGGGGCUGUGUGGGUUCUGUUUGUGUUUGUGAAUAGAGCCCCAGAACCAGCUGGCUGAGGGGACUUGUCUAGGUUCAUGUCUCUGUAGAUGAGGACUUUGCGGUGGAAUGUGUGGGCAUCGCUUCCUUUUAGGUGGCUGUAGAAUUUAACAGCUCUUUUCUGGAUUUUGAUAACUAGCGGGUAUAGUCCUAAUUCUGCUCUGCAUGCAUUGUUUUGGGUUUUGCGUUGUACACAAAGUAUAUUUUUGCAGAAUUCUGCAUGCAGAGUCUCAUUUGGGUGUUUGUCCCAUUUUGUGAAUUAUUGGUUGGCGAGUGGACCCAAGACCUCACAACCAUAAAGGGCAAUGGAUUCUAUAACUGAUUUAAGUAUUUUUUGCCCGAGCCUAAUUGGGAUGUCGAGUUUUAUGUUCAUUUUGAUGUCAUAGAAGGCCCUUCUUGCCUUGACUCUUAGAUCAUUCACAACCUUGUGGAAGUUACCUGUGUUAUUGAUGUUUAGGCCGAGGUAGGUAUAAUUCUUUGUGUGCACUAGGGCAACAGUGUCUAGAUAGAAUUUGUAUUUGUUGUGCUGGAAACUGGACCUUUUUUGGAGCACAAUUAUUUUUGUCUUACUGAGAUUCACGGUCAGGGCCCAGGUCUGACAGAAUCUGUGCAGAAGAUCUACAGUGACGUGAAAAAGUAUUUGGCUCGCCUCCUUUCUGAUUUUAUCUAUAUUUGCAUAUUUUUGAUUCUGAAUGUUAUCAGAUCUUCAACCAAAACCCAAUAUUAGAUAAAGUGAACCUGAGUUUACAAAAAACAACAAAAAAAGGAUACUUAUUUUAUUUAUUUAAUUAACAAAGUUAUGCAACACCCAAUUCCCCCGUGUGAAAAAGUAAUUGCCCCCUUACACUCAAUAACUGGUAGUGCCAUCUUUAGCUGCAAUGACUGCAACCAAAUACUUCCUGUAGUUGUUGAUCAGUCUCUCACAUCGCUGUGGAGGAAUUUUGGCCCACUCUGGCAUGCAGAACUGCUUUAACUCAGCGACAUUUGUGGGUUUUCAAGCAUGAACUGCUCGUUUCAAGUCCUGCCACAACAUCUCAAUUGGGAUUAUGUCUGGACUUUGACUAGGCCAUUCCAAAACUUUAAAUGUGUUGCUUUUUAACCAUUUUCAUGUAGAAUUAAUUGUGUGUUUUGGAUCAUUGUCUUGCUGCAUGACCCAGCUGUGCUUCAGCAUCAGCUCACAGACGGAUGGCCUGACAUUCUCCUGUAGAAUUCUCUGAUACAGAGCAGAAUUCAUGGUUCCUUUUAUUAAGGCAAGUCGUCCAGAUCCUGAGGCAGCAAAGCAUCCCCAAACCAUCACACUACCACCACCAUGCUUGACCGUUGGGAUGAGGUUCUUACUGUGGAGUGCAGUGUUUGGUUUUCACCAGACAUAAUGGGACCCAUCUCAUCCAAAUAAGCAUAUGUAUUUUUUUGUUAUUUGUAAACUCAGGUUCCUUUUAUCUAAUAUUAGGUUUUGGUUGAACAUUCAGUAUACAAAAUAUGCAAAAAUAGUGAAAAUCAGAAAGGGGGCAAAUACUUUUUCACAGCACUGUAGGUGCUGCUAUAGGCCAUCCUUGGUUGGGGACAGAAGCACCAGAUCAUCAGCAAACAUUAGACAUUUGAUUUCCGAAUCGAGUAGGGUGAGGCCGGGUGCUGCAGACUGUUCUAGUGCCCUCGCCAAUUCAUUGAUAUAAAUGUUGAAGAGGUUGGGGCUCAAGCUGCAUCCCGGUCUCACCUCACGGCCCUGAGGAAAGAAAUCUGUGUGUUUAUUGUCAAUUUUAACUGCACACUUGUUGUUUGUUUACAUUGAUUUUAUAAUGUCAUAUGUUUUUCCUCCAAACACCGCUUUCCAUCAAUUUGUACAGCAGACUCUCAUGCCAAAUUGAGUCAAAACCUUUUUUAAAUAAACAAAAUGAGAAUACUUUGCUUUUGUUUUGUUUGUUUGUCAAUAAGAGUGUUUAGGUUGUAUACGUGGUCUGUUGUACGGUAUCUUGGUAAGAAGCCAAUUUGACAUUGUCUCGGGACAUUGUUUGCACUGCUAUUGAUGAUACUGCAGAAGAUUUUUCAGAGAUUACUGUUGACGCAGAUUCCACUGUAAUUAUUGGGGUCAAAUAUGUCUCCACUUUUGUGGAUUGGGAUGACCAGACCUUGGUUCCAAAUAUUGGGAAAAUGCCAGAGCUGAGGAUAAUGUUGAAGAGUUUAAGAAUAGCCUAUUUGAAUUUAUGGUCUGUAUAUUUUAUCAUUUCAUUCAGUAUACCAUCAACACCACAGGCCUUUUUGGGUUGGAGGGUUUGUAUUUAGUCCUGUAGCUUAUCCAUUGUAAUUGGAGAAUCCAAUGGGUUCUGGUAGUCUUUAAUAACUGAUUCUAAGUUUUGUAAAUGAUCAUGUAUACAUUUCUGUUCUUGGUUCUUUGUUAUAUGGCCGAAAAGGUUGGAGAAGUGUUUUAUCCAUACAUCUCCAUUUUGGAUAUGUAGCUGUUCGUGUUGUUGUUUGUGUUCCAAUUUUCCCAGAAAUGAUUUGAUUCUAUGGGUUCUUCAUUCACAUUGAGCUGUUUUCUGACAUGCUGUUCCUUCUUUUUUCUUAGUGUAUUUCUGUACUGUUUUAGUGUUUCCUCAUAGUGAAGGAACUACCCAUGGAGCCAAAAGAACAUAACUUCUCAGUCGCUGUGUCAGAAGAGCAAGAUUCAGAGGUAAAUAUACUGUAUAGUACCUAAACUAUAGGAAUGGCUAUAGAUUAAAAAAAAGUUUAAAAUAUACAAUAAAAUAUGAAUCUGUCUCUCUCCUUCUCACAGGGAAAUGAUGUCACAGAGGAACACUGCCCCUCCCCUUCCCACAAGCAGGGUAAAUGUGACCUCUCAUUGACCUCUCACCUCUGACCCCUCUCUGCUUUACCACCCUCACUAUCUGGCCAUGCUGGAAAGGACAGACGUACGGGGCAGUCUAAGCACUAAUACAAUGUUACCCACUAAUCCUAAUUUAAAGCCUCACCCUAACUAACUCCUUACCUUAGCCCUACAUCGGGGAACAAAUAUCACCUGUACACUGCACUGUAAAGCCCAAUGUGCUAUCAUCAAGCCCAAGCCAUAAGACUGCUAAAUAGUUAGUUAAAUACAGUGCCUUGCAAAAGUAUUUAUUCCCCUUGGCGUUUUUCCUAUUUUAUUGCAUUACAACCUGUAAUUUAAAUUGAUUUUUAUUUGGAUUUCAUGUAAUGGACAUACACAAAAUAGUAUAAGUUGGUGAAGUGGAAUGAAAAAAAUAACUUGUUUAAAAAAAAAUCUAAAAAAUCAAUAACGGAAAAGUGGUGCGUGCAUAUGUAUUCACCCCCUUUGCUAUGAAGCCCCUAAAUAAGAUCUGGUGCAACCAAUUACCUUCAGAAGUCACAUAAUUAGUUAAAUAAAGUCCACCUGUGUGCAAUCUAAGUGUCACAUGAUCUGUCACAUGAUUUCAGUAUAUAUACACCUAUUCUGAAAGGCCCCAGUGUCACGAAUUCAGACGAGGCUGCCCCCCCUCCUUGCUCGGGCAGGCUUUGGCGUUCGUCGUCACCGGAGUACUAGCUGCUACCGAUCCAUGUUUCUAUGUGGCUUAGUGGGUAAGAGCGUUGUGCCAGUAACCGAAAGGUCGCUGGUUCUAAUCCCCAAGCCGACUAGGUGAAAAAUCUGUCGAUGUGCCCUUGAGCAAGGCACUUAACCCUAAUUGCUCCUGUAAGUCGCUCUGGAUAAGAGCGUCUGCUAAAUGACAAAAAUGUAAUGUAAAUAUGUUCGACUUGUUUUGUCUGUAUUGGUCUCACCUGUUUCCCAUCAUGUUAUUAUGUCUUCCCUAUUUAACCCUCUGGCUCACACUGUGUGUUGUGCGUGUUUGUCCAUGUUUUGGUUGUCGUAUGUGAGCGGGUUUGUUCCUCCCUGCGUGGAGGUAUGUUCAUUGAGAUACCUACGAGUAAAGUACGUUUUUCGAUCAGCUCCUGUGCCUGACUUCGUCCUACCGCAUUACACUGACGCCUUGACACCCAGAGUCUGCAACACCACUAAGCAAGGGGCACCACCAAACAAGCGGCACCAUGAAGACCAAAGAGCUCUCCAAACAGGUCAGGGACAAAGUUGUAGAGAAGUACAGAUCAGGGUUGGGUUAUAAAUAAAUAUCAGAAACUUUGAACAUCCCACGGAGAACCAUUAAAUCCAUUAUUAAAAAAUGUAAAGAAUAUGGCACCACAACAAACCUGCCAAGAGAGGGCCGCCCACCAAAACUCACAGACCAGGCAAGGAGGGCAUUAAUCAGAGAGGCAACAAAGAGACCAAAGAUAACCCUGAAGGAGCUGCAAAGCUCCACAGCGGAGAUUGGAGUAUCUGUCCAUAGGACCACUUUAAGCCGUACACUCCACAGAGCUGGGCUUUACGGAAGAGUGGCCAGAAAAAAGCCAUUGCUUAAAGAAAAAAAUAAGCAAACACGUUUGGUGUUUGCCAAAAGGCAUGUGGGAGACUCCCCAAACAUAUGGAAGAAGGUACUCUGGUCAGAUUAGACUAAAAUUGAGCUUUUUGGCCAUAGAGGAAAACGUUAUGUCUGGCGCAAACCCAACACCUCUCAUCACCCCGAGAACACCAUCCCCACAGUGAAGCAUGGUGGUGGCAGCAUCAUGCUGUGAGGAUGUUUUUUAUCGACAGGGACUGGGAAACUGGUCAGAAUUUAAGGAAGGAUGGGUGGCACUAAAUACAGGGAAAUUCUUGAGGGAAACCUGUUUCAGUCUUCCACAGAUUUGAGACUGGGACGGAGGUUCACCUUCCAGCAGGACAAUGACCCUAAGCAUACUGCUAAAGCAACACUCGAGUGGUUUAAGGUAAAACAUUUAAAUGUCUUGGAAUGGCCUAGUCAAAGCCCAGACCUCAAUCCAAUUGAGAAUCUGAAAAGAUUUGUUGGACACCAGCGGAACCCAUCCAACUUGAAGGAGAUGGAGCAGUUUUGCCUUGAAGAAUGGGCAAAAAUCCCAGUGGCUAGAUGUGCCAAGCUUAUAGAGACAUACCCCAAGAGACUUGCAGCUGUAAUUGCUGCAAAAGGUUGCUCUACAAAGUGUUGACUUUGGGGGGGGGGGGGGGGGGGGGGGGGUUCAGUUUUUUUUUCUUAUUUCUUGUUUGUUUCACAAUAAAAUAUAUUUUGCAUCUUCAAAGUGGUAGGCAUGUUGUGUAAACCCCCCCAAAAAUAUAUUUUAAUUCCAGGUUGUAAGGCAACAAAAUAGGAAAAAUGCCAAGGGGGGUGAAUACUUUCACAAGCCACUGUAACCCUAGCUCUAACCCUUAUCCUAACCCUAAACUUUACCCUUACCCUAGCCCUAACCCUAACCUUAACCCUUAUUCUAACCCUAACCGUAGCCUUAGCAAGCAGUUGCGUAUCAACAGAUAAUUUGAUGAUAGUAUGACCAUUGUUUGAGCAUCUACAGAUGGAAAGUCUGGACUAUCCAAAUUAAGUGUGACCAGUAUUUUAGCACAUAUUAUAAUUUACAGUAGCGAGAAUGUAGCAUGGCACCCCUUAAAACACCCUGCCAUCUCACUAAUAAUAAGCUUUCUAUGGUAGUUUACAGUAUAAGGUACUGUAACAGGGUAGUCAGUCACUAAAAGCCAUGUUAGAAAGAUCAAAAGCGGAAAUAUUGUACGAAUUGAUGAGCGUGUAAACCCCAAGGCAUUUUUAACUUAAAUACUUCUAGUAAAUUGAACUCAAAGUCAAUGAAAAGUAAUUAUUACUUGUGGUACUGACUCAAAACUAAAUGAGAACUCACAUCAACUAAAGAAGUUUAAGUUAUGAUGAUACAUUAACUUUUUACCAGCAUGCUCUACUGCAGGUUGAUUUUUUUGAUUUUUUUUUUAAAUAUCUGUGUUUUUGCAUGUACAUUUAGUGAUUGAUUAAUCUUAUGCUACACAAUUAUCUUUUUUUUUUUUUUUUUUACUGAUGUGGCCUGUAAACCAUGAGUUUCAGGCCACUGUAUUAAGGUAAAGCUAGGACUCAAAAUAAGGCCUUAUGAGAUAUGUAAUGUAUUGUCAUAAAGAGUAUAAUUAUAAUAUUCACCUAGGAACUCACUUGGUGAAGGCCACAGGACUGAUAAUGAACGAAUUCAACAACCAUGUCUCUGUCACUAACAAAAACUCCACAAUUCACUAGAAAAGGCAAGGCACAAUGGGAAAUUAUAUUGGAGGCGUGGCUUAGUGGGGGCAUUACUCAAAGAUGUCAAGCUGAUACAACUCAAAUCUGGAGCCCCCUACAGGGUUUGAGUAAUGACUACAAAAUCACUUUAAGCAAAUGUAUUCAGAUAUAUUAGGUGCAACAGGUUUCCUAAAAAGUUUUGAGUAAUCAAAUCAAAUUAUAUUUGUCAUGCUUCGUAAACAACAGGUGUAGACUAACAGUGAAAUGCGUACUUACGGGCACUUCCCAACACUGCAGAGAUAAAGAAAAGUAAAAAGGAAUAGAAAAGUAAAACACGUAAUAAUAAAUCCACAAUGAGUAACGAUAACUUGGCUACAUACACCAGGUACCAGUACCGAGUCGAUGUGCUGGAGUACGAGGUAAUUGAGGUAGAUAUGUACAUACAACUAGGAAUAAAGUGCCAGAUAAUAAACAGUAGCAGCAGCGUAUGUGAUGAGUCAGAAUAUGUAGUGCACAAAGGGUCAGUGCGGAUAGUCUGGGUAGCUGUUUGGUUAACUACAGUGGCUUGCGAAAGUAUUCACCCCCCUUGGCAUUUUUCCUAUUUUGUUGCCUUACAACCUGGAAUUAAAAUGGAUUUUCUGGGGGUUUGUAUCAUUUGAUUUACACAACAUGCCUACCACUUUGAAGAUGCAAAAUAUUUUUGGCAUCUUGGCACAUCUAGCCACUAGGAUUUUUCCCUAUUCUUCAAGGCAAAACUGCUCCAUCUCCUUCAAGUUGGAUGGGUUCCGCUGGUGUCCAGAAAUCUUUAAGUCAUACCACAGAUUCACAAUUGGAUUGAGAUCUGGGCUUUGACUAGGCCAUUCCAAGACAUUUAAAUGUUUCCCCUUAAAUCACUUGAGUGUUGCUUUAGCAGUAUGCUUAGGGUCAUUGCCCUGCUGGAAGGUGAACCUCCGUCCCAGUCUCAAAUCUGUGGAAGACUGAAACAGGUUUCCCUCAAGAAUUUCCCUGUAUUUAGUGCCAUCCAUCAUUCCUUCAAUUCUGACCAGUUUCCCAGUCCCUGCCGAUGAAAAACAUCCCCACAGCAUGAUGCUGCCACCACCAUGCUUCACUGUGGGGAUGGUGUUCUCGGGGUGAUGAGAGGUGUUGGGUUUGCGCCAGACAUAACGUUUUCCUCUAUGGCCAAAAAGCUCAAUUUUAGUCUAAUCUGACCAGAGUACCUUCUUCCAUAUGCUUGGGGAGUCUCCCACAUGCCUUUUGGCAAACACCAAACGUGUUUGCUUAUUUCUUUCUUUAAGCAAUGGCUUUUUUCUAGCCACUCUUCCGUAAAGCUCAGCUCUGUGGAGUUUAUGGCUUAAAGUGGUCCUAUGGACAGAUACUCCAAUCUCCGCUGUGGAGCUUUACAGCUCCUUCAGGGUUGUCUUUGGUCAUUUUGUCGCCUCUCUGAUUAAUGCCCUCCUUGCCUGGUCUGUGAGUUUUGGUCUGCGGCCCUUUCUUGGCAGUUUUGUUGUGGUGCCAUAUUCUUUCCAUUUUUUAAUAAUGGAUUUAAUGGUGCUCCGUGGGAUGUUCAAAGUUUCUGAUAUUUUUUUAUAACCCAACUCUGAUCUGUACUUCUCCACAACUUUGUCACUGACCUGUUUGGAGAGCUCCUUGGUCUUCAUGGUGCCGCUUGCUGGGUGGUGCCCCUUGCUUAGUGGUGUUGCAGACUCUGGGGCCUUUCAGAACAGGUGUAUAUAUACUGAAAUCAUGUGACAGAUCAUGUGACACUUAGAUUGCACACAGGUGGACUUUAUUUAACUAAUUAUGUGACUUCUGAAGGUAAUUGGUUGCACCAGAUCUUAUUUAGGGGCUUCAUAGCAAAGGGGAUGAAUACAUAUGCACGUACCACUUUUUUUUUCAUUCCACUUCACCAAUUUGGACUAUUUUGUGUAUGUCCAUUCAAUGAAAUCGAAAUAAAAACCCAUUUAAAUUACAGGUUGUAAUGCAACAAAAUAGGAAAAACGCCAAGGGGGAUGAAUACUUUUGCAAGGCACUGUAGGGUUAGUAGAUAGUUAGUCGAAAUGUUACUGAUAGUCUGUAGAGCAUCUACAGAUGGACUAUCAAAAAAAAGUGUUACAACACUGACCAUCGGUGAAACCAUCACUAAUCAUCCGUUUGCACAUGUGCAUUUGGCUCAGUUUGCUCUGUGUGUGUCUGUCUGUGUGUGUGUGUGUGUGUAUGUCGUUGGUUUUCCCACGCUUGUGUAUGUGUUUGCCUGCUGUGCUCUGCAUGCACUGCUUAGAUUCCACACCCUGAUAUGCAGUUGUGUGUACAGUAUAUCUGUGUAUGUGUGUCUCUCCCUCUCUCUCUCUUUGUGCGUAUAUGUUUGGAGUCAUAUUCCUUCUCCUCCUCUCUUCCUCUCCUCCUCCUCUCCUCCUCCUCAUCCUCCUUCUACUCCUCCUCCUCUCCUCCUCCUCCCCCUCCUCUCCUCCUCCUCAUCCUCCUUCUACUUCUCCUCCUCCACAUCCUCCGCUCCUCCUCAUCCUCCUCUCCUCCUUCUCCUCCUCUCCUCCUUCUACUCCUAUCCUCCUUCUCCUCUGCUUUCCCUCCUCCUUUAUUCCUCCUCUCCAAAGUCAGAUAAAUUGGGCUUAAAUCUCUAACCCUGCCUCUCAGUGUCCCCAGAGUUUGAGUGUGUGUGAAUGUGUGUGUGUUUGUCCAGAGUUUGAGUGUGUGUCAAUGUGUGUGUGUGUGUUAUUUAUGAAUGUGUGUGUAAAUGCUUGUAUGUCUGCGUGAUUGUGUGUGUUUGUGACAUUAUCUUAAUCACCAUGCAUGUUCUGACUAGUAUACAACUUCUUUAUAUUUAUAUCUCCAGUCCAGUCGUAGUGGAUCUGUGUGUGUGUGUACUAGUAUGGAAUGGUGUUAUUGGCUCUGGGUAUUAAAUAAAGAAUAAACAAACAAUGAAUAAAUUAGUCAAUAAGGAAACCAAAGGAAUCCAAUUUCUCUAGAUGUUAAUGUGCAUGUGAUGUAUGUUUGCACGCGUGUGCGUCUGUCCCUGCUUCUCCGUGUGCCAGAUUCCGUGUGCAUCCUCUGAGCCUGCUGAGCCACAUGCUACUCAUCAUCACCAUCAUCACAUGAUCUCACCCAUGCCCUCUUUUACACACACACACACACGCACGCACGCACUCACUCACGCGUGCACACACACACACACUCACACCCACACACACUCUAGCAUAGUCAUCUAAAAGCUACUGAGCCCCAUCUACACCCCCCCUCCCCCCUCCCGCUGUGCCUGGCUGCUGUUGUUUGAUCUUUGCCCCCGCUUGCAGGUGGGUGGAGCAGGUGUCUAGAGUUGGCCAAUAACAAUCACGCCCUCUGCGACACGACCUGUUUGGGGGGGCUGGACAAUGAGCAGGUUCUCGACAGCCGAUUCGCCGGUGAGUGGCAACUUACUGAACAUGGACCAAUCAGAGCUGAGGGGCGGGGGAGAGAGAGGGGAGAGAGGGGGAUGUCAGUGAAAGGAAAUAAGAAGUGAGCGAGGCAUCAUGGAGGAGAGGAGAAAGUGGAACAGAAGUCAGGGUAGAGAGGGGAGAGACAAUGGAGACGGUGGAGAGAGAGGGAGACAGAGAUUUAAGUCAAAACUGAGGUUCCCAUGUUUCUAGCUGAGAUUUUAAUUACUAUAAAUGGAGGAAGUGAAGAGUGGAGAGUAGUGGAUUUGUGUGUGUGUGAGAGCGUAUCUGUGUGAGAGCGUAUCUGUGUGUGAGAGCGUAUCUGUGUGUGAGAGCGUAUCUGUGUGUGAGAGCGUAUCUGUGUGUGAGAGCGUAUCUGUGUGUGAGAGCGUAUCUGUGUGUGAGAGCGUAUCUGUGUGUGAGAGCGUAUCUGUGUGUGAGAGCGUGUCUGUGUGAGAGCGUAUCUGUGUGUGAGAGCGUAUCUGUGUGUGAGAGCGUAUCUGUGUGAGAGCGUAUCUGUUGAGAGCGUGUGUGUGUGUGAGAGCGUAUCUGUGUGAGAGCGUGUGUGUGAGAGCGUAUCUGUGUGAGAGCGUAUCUGUGUGAGAGCGUAUCUGUGUGAGAGCGUAUCUGUGUGAGAGCGUGUGUGUGAGAGCGUAUCUGUGUGAGAGCGUGUGUGUGAGAGCGUAUCUGUGUGAGAGCGUGUGUGUGAGAGCGUAUCUGUGUGAGAGCGUAUCUGUGUGAGAGCGUGUGUGAGAGCGUAUCUGUGUGAGAGGAUAUCUGUGUGAGAGCGUAUCUGUGUGAGAGCGUAUCUGUGUGAGAGCGUAUCUGUGUGAGAGCGUAUCUGUGUGAGAGCGUAUCUGUGUGAGAGCGUAUCUGUGUGAGAGCGUAUCUGUGUGAGAGCGUGUGUGUGAGAGUGUAUCUGUGUGAGAGCGUAUCUGUGUGAGAGUGUAUCUGUGUGAGAGCGUAUCUGUGUGAGACCAUGUGUGUGUUUGUUCUCGCCGCUCCAUCCCAGAGUUCCAAGUUCAUGUUCAGUGUCUGCCAGCUCCGAGCCGCUUUGAUCAUCGUCCGCGACUCAUCCCUCCCUCCCUACCUCCCUCCCUCCCUCCCUCCCUCCCUCCAUCUCUCCAUCCCUCCCUCCAUCUCUCCAUCCCUCCCUCCCUCCAUCUCUCCCUCUCCUUUGCUUCUCAGUCGCUGGCUAG